AUGUCGGCUGCACAGGAAUCGGCGCUGGGGAGCCACAGCACCUCAUCGCCUGCCGCCAAGGUCAAGGGAGCCGGAGCCGGAGCCGGCAAUGGCGCCCGCCACCACAGCCCCAAGCUGCAGUCGUCGUCUCGCUUUGCGCGCAUGAACGGCAUCUCGUCCUCCACCUCAUCCAGCUCCAAGCUCAACGACUCCCCUUCCAUCGCCAGCAAGGCCUUCUUCCCGCUCUUCCCCGGCGUCGCAUCCGCUCUCGACGAAAGCCCGUGGACGUCGGGCUACAACACCCCUACGCUCGGUGCGGCUGUGCACAACGUCGCCGAACGCGCAGAGGAGGCGCUGCAGAAGCUCGCCGAGCACCGAAAGGGUGGCGUGCUCGAGCGCAUCGCUCGCACCACCCUCGCCGCCGCCGAACAGAUCGAGCGCCUGGUGCAGUACGAGAUCUUUAGCCGCGCCAACGCCAUCGGCGGCAUCGACAACAUGUGGCUGCUCAUCGACGGCAUCAGCUCCUUCAACCCCAUCUGCACCGCCACCUACACCUUCAAGGAGCCCGCCCGACUCGACGACAUCCGCGAAUCCAUGGCUCGACAGAUCGGCCACUUUCCCAAGUACACCCAGAAGCUCGCCGACGUCGGCCGCUUCUUCCACGGCACCGUCUUUAUCAACGACGACGACUUUGACAUGAGCUGGCACAUCCGUUCCGAGACGCUCCCCGGCGCCGCGGGCAAGCGCGAGCUCGAGAGCUUUGCCUCCGACUUCAUCGCGCGCGACUGGGACUACACGCGUCCGCUGUGGAGCGUGGCUGUGCUCGAAAACUUUGUCGACCAGGACACCGGUGCCAAGGGAGCCUGCGUGAUCCGCGGACACCACACGCUCGCCGACGGACAGGGUUUCAUCAUGAGCCAGCUCUUUGUCACCUCGCUCGGCUCCAAGCUCGAGAGCAUGAUGGCCGAUGGCGCACAGCUGCUCAGCGACGCCAAGCAGGGCAAGGCACUGCCCUCGCGCAUGAACAAGAAGCUCGCCAGCCUCGACCGCUUCCACGGCACCAUUGCGCUCCAGCUCGUCAUGAUGGCGCUCUACUGGACCAGCUGGCUCGUCUCGCUCAUCACCGACCUCGCCGGCUGCAUCACCCUCGCCGUCUCGACGAGCUUCUUCUUCCUCGCCACCUUCUGGCGCCAGCGCUACGUCACCGCCAGCUACCCGGGUCCGCGCAAGCCCGAAAAGGAAUUCAGCGUGUCGCCCUCGUUCCCGCUGGGCGAGGUCAAGCUGAUCUCCAAGGCCUUCUCGGGCGUCCAGCCGGGCACGCUGCUCGACAAGGUGCAAGGCGGCAAGCGAUACUCUCGUCCGCUCAUCGGCACGCACCUUACGGUGAACGACAUCAUCUGCACCGUCAUUGCGGAUGUGAUCAACGACGAGCUCGACCGCCGACCGGACGAGCCCGGUCUGCUUAACCGCCUGCGUCGAUUGUCGCACCGCAUCCUGCCGUCGCCCAUCGGCAUCAUGAUCCCCAUCUCGAUCCGCGAGCCGGGCGACUGGUCGAUGCGCAACCUGUCCACGGGUGGCAUUGCCUAUCUGCCCACCACCAACGGUCUGCCUACCGACGUGCGCGUGCUGCACCGACGUCUGCACACGACGCAUUCGCGUCUCAACAUCCUCAAGAACUCGCUGCUGCCCAAGAUCUUUUUCUACAUGAUCCAGCUCACCGGCCAGAUCCCUGUUGCCUUUCCCAUCCCCUUCGGCCUGUUGCCCAAGGUCGGCUGGAACGUGCUUCGGUGGCCUACGGUGUGGGUGACCGAGCGCGUGCUCACCUCCUUUACCGCCGUGGUGACAAAUGUGCCGUGUCCGUCCAAGCAGCGCAUCGAGCUGGCGGGGCAGGAGGUGGUGCGCUGGACCGCGCUGCCACCCCAGGCGGGCAAGGGCACGUUGGGCAUCGGAAUCUGCUCGUACGGUGGCGACUUUACCAUCUCGAUCUCCGCCGACCGCGUGCCCGAGAGCGAAGGCGUGGCUGCCAGGCUCACCGAGAGCUUCCAACGCAGGUGGAAGCAGUACGUCGACACCAGCCGUGCCCUCAUCGAAAAGACAGGCUCGGCCACGGAUGGCAAGAGCAACAAGAGGUCCCGACCGUCAUCGCGAUCGUCGGCGGUAAAGUCGCCCACGAAGCGAUGCACUUCGUCUGCAUCGUCUUCGGCCGCAUCCACCUCCUCUGCUUCGUCCCACGCAUCCACAUUGGCAUCCACCCAGGAGGAAAAGUGCGAAAAGAUCGAGUAG